AGUUUUAUUAGUUAUGUUCAGCAGAGGGGAAAAAGCGUUUCGGUCACAUGAUGAAGUCAAAGCAGAACGGGAAACCAGAAGGUGCUGCGUGUUUAAUGAAACACCUCUAGCUGUGGUUCAAACAAAGGGAUAUAUWUUUUUAAAGAAAUGCUGAAACCAAAGUUGCAGUUCGACCUGCAGAACGAUGUGGUGUCGGACAUCCGCAGGAAAGAAGCGUCGGUCUGCAGAGUGAAAGAAUACUCUGAAGCCGUGGACACUUGUAUCCUGAACACUGAGAGCGAUGGCAGCAUCCUUUACUCUUGGAAGGGAUCAAAGGGCACCACCAGGAUAGGGAAAUACGACUCUAAUACCAAACAGAACAAGCUCCUCUACACAUUCGACAAGCAGGUGUGUGUCAGCAGCUGCUCCCUGAACAAGGAGGAGACGCUGUUAGCUGUCAGCUUGGCACAAAACACCAGAGGACAGGAGCGUCUCAAACCAAUAUCAAAGUGUCUGACUCUCCUGAUUGAGAUUCAUCCCAUAAACAACACUCAAGUCCUCAAGGCGGUGGACUGCAGGGUCAAAGUGCAGUUUCUCCAUCAAGAAGCUGACAGAAGAUCAGUGCUGAAGAGCCAUUUGCUGGUGCUGACUGAAGAUGGAUAUGUGGAUCUGUACCACGUGCUGCUGAGCAAACAGGAAGGUUAUAGAGUGGUGAUGGCGAAUCCCGAGCGCUUGGCCAAAACCGCCGAGCGGGUCGUGGAGGAUUUCUGCUGGGCCCAGUGGGACGGACACGCGCAGAGGCUCUACUGCCUCACGCUGAAGGACAAGUUCCUGCUGCGGUGUGUUCAGUUCCACCCGAACCGCAACUUUGAGACCGUGUUGGAGCUCCCUUUAGAGCUGCCUGRCAAUUCUUUCCACACCGUCAAGUUUGUAAAUCUGGGUUUUGACCACUUUAAUGUUGAAAAUCCAGACACAGAUCUUGUCCGGAUGCAGGUGUUCACACACCGAAUCGAGGGAAGCAUGUGUGUUUGCUACAGCCAGACYCUACAAGACAAACAGGAAGUGAUCUACACCUUGGUUUUAGUUCAUAAAUGCUGCAGCAAGAAGUUCAGAGUUUCUCUCGGCGGCGAAACAUCAUCCCAGAAACCUUCACAUGUCCACCCUCUCUUCAUCCCUAUAGGCUACUACAUCCUGGUGUAUCUGCAGGGACAUUUCCUCCACUGUAUCAACACCAGGCAGCAGGAGACAUCCUGCCUGUCCUUCUUCUUCUCUGGUGACGAGGUGAACCUGGGCCUGCUGUGCGAGCCCGCUAACGUCAGCGUGCUGCACGCAGAGGACCAGCCUGCUGGUCGUCUGUUGGACCUGACUGCUGGACGGAUUCACACGGCCACGCUCAGCUCUGCGUACCUGCUGCAGAUACUGCAAUCAGACGCUCGUCCCGGAUGUCCCAGCAGUAAGAGUGACCCGCAGCGCCUGGCUGCCCUCCACUGCCUGCUGGUUUACAUGGGAAGUGACCCAAACCUGGAGCUGAAGAUAACUGAAUGGCUGUGUGACAAUGUGAACCCCUUUGAAUCGUUUGAUCAGAUUCAGGAGUUCAUCUUAGGAGGUCCCAGUGUGUUUGUUACAGAUCCCUGGUGUGAUUUGUACCACUGAGCUGCAUACUGAACCUGACUUUAAAGCAAAGCCCAGGGGUCUCCGGUGUUUCUGGUCAGAGCUGCAGUGGAACACAGAGAAAACAAAACAUUUGGAUGCCGCACCAAACCCCAGAUARAGACCCACACACAUCCAGGCCGACUGGGAUAAACUGAGGUCCGAGCGAAGACCCUCCAGCCAAAUGACUCACAUUGAGGAGAACACAAAGAAAGUUCUUUCAAUGGUGGACACCUGGUGUCUUGAUAAGAAGCUGGUGCCGCUUUUUCAGGAGGAGGACCAUCAACAAAGGGCACUCAUAGGCCUGACAGUUGACAAGCUUCGAGAGCAUCUCAACAAGCAUCUGCCUCGACUGGGGAAGAAGAAGAUCGACUCACUGGUUGUCAACUAUGUAGCUAAACUGCUGGAGCUGAUCAGACACAUGCUGGAGUCAGUCUGGCUGAAGUACAAACUUGGUCCUCAUGCUUUGUGCUUGAUGCAGCAGGCCAGCCCAGCUGAGUGGUCUGUGUUUCACUUCAUGCUUCGAAUCCUGGAGUCCACCCGGGGUCUCUGUCUACCCCUCCCACCUGGCUAUCACACCCUGUUUGCUGUGUUUGCUGUUCGUUGCCUCCCUCAUCACACAUUUUUACAGUACAUUGACCACGGUUUCCUGCAGCUCACCGAAACCUUUGUGUCUCGUCUCAUGACAGAUAUGGACAACAGCAGGACCAAUGAGAAGCUGAAGUUCAGCAUACUUAAGAGGCUUCCUCAGCCUCUGGAGCAGAGGAUUUGCCACAUGUGGGAUCAUCCAGUCAGUUCAGCUUCAAUCUCCAGAGAUUACGUCAAAACUCUGCUGGAGAAACACAGCAAAAAUAAGGGAAGUCCGUUCACAGGGAAAGACAAGCCAAGCUUCAGACCUGAGUUUCUGCCUUUAACCUGCUUGGCAAAAACACUCUCUAAUAUUGAAGCACAAGCCCUGAACCCGUUCGAGGAGCAGGAGAACGUGGACGCCCGCUUCGUGGAGGAGACGGCUCUGAUGCAGACGCUGGUGCAGCUGGGCUUCGAGGCCAAAUGAAGGACGUGGGAAAGGAAUAAAAAAGAGGAGGAUGAGGGGCCAGGGUGGGUGGAUGGAUUGGAGCGGACGAGUUGCCUCUGACUGGGCCUUGAAGACGUGGAACUGAUGGACGUUCGGGGGCGAAAGAUGAGGCAGUUUGCUCAUAAACAAGUUCUCCGUGUUUGACGAAUUCAGGCGGGACCGAAGGCAGAGAUGGAUGGAAUCGUGGGCAGAAUCCACCUGCUCGAGAGGCAGAGCAUCACCUUAUUAAAAACCUGCACACAAACGUGAACAGCGACAAAAAAUAAAUAAAUAAAUUACACCAACUUCA